UCCAUCCAUCCAUGUCAAUCAGAUUUGGCGCGAGAAGUGGCCUAAAGACUCGCCGCGCUCGCCGUGAAGUUUUCCGUAGCGUUUGCCAGUCGUCACAAUGGGAAUUACUGGUCUCUCUAAAGUGAUCGCAGAUAAUGCUCCUUCCGCUAUUAAGGAAGGGGACAUUAAGAGCUACUUCGGGAGGAAAAUUGCCAUCGAUGCAUCAAUGUGCUUGUAUCAGUUCCUGAUAGCAGUGCGGCAAGAGAACAACAUGCUCACCAACAGUGAUGGCGAAACAACAAGCCACCUUGUAGGGUUCUUCUACAGGACGAUACGGAUGAUUGAGAACGGUAUCAAGCCAGUGUACGUCUUUGAUGGGAAACCACCAGGCAUGAAGUCGUCUGAGCUCGAGAAACGCCAAGAAAGACGUGAGGUGGCUGAAAAGGAGCUUGAGAAGGCAGAAGAGGCUGGGAACCAAGAAGACAUCAACAAAUUCAGCAAGCGUUUGGUCAAGGUGACACGGCAGCAUGGCGAAGACUGCAAGCGCCUCUUGGGCCUCAUGGGAGUGCCCUAUAUUGAAGCUCCGUGCGAAGCUGAGGCGCAAUGUGCUGAACUCGUGAAAGGCGGCAAAGUUUACGGAACCGCCACCGAGGACAUGGAUGGACUCACUUUUGGAACCAAUGUCCUUCUUCGCCACAUGACCUACAGUGAAGCAAGGAAAAUGCCCAUCAAAGAGUUCAAUCUUGAGAGAGUCCUGAGUGGUCUGGAGCUGAAUCGUGAUGAGUUUAUCGACCUGUGCAUCCUCCUUGGCUGCGACUACUGCGAGAGCAUCAGAGGAAUUGGACCCAAGCGGGCCAUCGAGCUGAUCAAACAGCACAAGAGCAUCGAGAAAAUCAUCAGCAGCAUUGACACAAAGAAAUAUACCAUUCCCGAAGACUGGCCCUUCAAGGAAGCUCGUCAGCUGUUUCUGGAGCCUGAAGUGACACCUGCCAGUGAAAUCCAGUUGAAGUGGACUGAUCCUGAUGAAGAUGGCCUUGUGAAGUUCCUCUGCGAAGAGAAUGGAUUCAGUGAGGAACGUAUCCGAAACGGAGCCAAGAAGCUACUCAAGGGUAGAAAUACGACCACUCAGGGUCGGCUGGACUCGUUUUUUAAGGUUGUCCCCUCAGAGGGGCCCUCUGCCAAAAGGAAGAGUGAGAGCAAGGACGAACAGAACAAGAAAAAGAAGGGUGCCUCCCGGGGGGGAAAGUUCAGAAAGGGCAAAUAAGUUACAGUGCAAGGCACUUUGGCCUACAUAAUUGCUUCUGCCACGCCAGCCAGUGCAUAUAUGUAUUACAUAAUUAACAUAUCUUCUCUAACUACGCAGGUGCUCAAAGUAAACCCUAAAAGGUGUGAUUUCAAUGAAUACACAGGAGAAGCAAGUUGUUUUAACAGUUUAGUAUACACAUCUGUUGCGGCAAAAUCAGGCGAUCUAGGCAACAUUGAGUCCUGCGGGAGAAGCAGUUUUUAAAAGCAUGUGCAUUAUAAUAAAUACAUAUAUGUGGCUGUCUGUACAAAUUGAGAUUACGCCAAAGCAUGGUUUCGAUUCGUCAGCUCAACAUCUUCGCUUCGUGCCCUGCUCGUUUGAUGAUGGCGGGUCUUCCAUUCGCACCAGGGACACGGAUCCUGGCGCUUUUCUCUGCACUCUCUGAAAUGCAACAAGUGUUCCCAGUCUCGGAUGUCAAGUAAUAAAUGAAAGAUGCAAGGCCAUGA